AUGUUAGCAUGGUCAAAAGAAAGUGAACAAUUGAAAUGUUUUGUUAAACAAAUACAAAUUGAAAAUAAAAAACUUAAAGAUAUUAUUCUGAAAUUUGAACGUAUGAUACUUGAUUAUAUGCAUGAAAAUGAAAGACUUAAACAAGAAAAUCAACAUCUUUCAUUUAUAAGUUAUUCAAAAAUACAAAAAGACAAUGAAAAACAAAAUUUUACAAAUUCAGAUGAAGAUAUUUGUUAUUUAACAUUAAAAUAUUUAACAUAUGAAGUAGCACAAAGAAUAUCAAAUAAUAAUGAACAAUCAGUAAUUUUAACUAACGAUUCCGAACAAGAUUUAAAACAACAAUUAAAUGAUAAUAAACGACAAAUGAAAAAUUUUCGCUUACAAAAUGAACGAUUAAAAAGUCAACUUGAAUCAUAUACAAUACAUUUCAAACAUGUUCAACAUGAAAUGAGUAUUCAAAUUCAAGAAAUGUCAGCAAUUAAAGAUGAAACAGAGAGAUUGCGUACAAAUGAAAUUCAAUAUCGUUUGGAAAUUGAUCAUCUUAAAUCCGAACUUCAUAAUGAUCAAAUAAAAAUUCAACAACUUGAACGUGAAUUAGCCACCAUGAAAUUUAAACAAUCAAAUAUUGAUAAUAGUUCAAUAGAUAAUCUUCGUGAAUUACUUGAAUUAAAAGAACGUGAAUUAAAUGCAUUGAAAGAAAAAUUAGAUUAUACAAAGAAAACUCAUCAAAUUGAAUUACAAGAAGCAAUUAAAUCCAGCCAGUUUUCACUUAAUAAUGUCAAACGUUUGGAACAAAUGGAUUUACGUCAUCAAGAAAAACGACGUGAAUUGGAAGCAAAACUUGGAAAAUUUCGUUCAAUUCUUAAACCGUUAAUUGAUAAUCAACAAUUACUUACUGAGAAUCCAAUAAUUAAUGUAAAUGAAUUAAAAAAAUUAGUUACUGAAGUUGAUACUGAAGAAAAAGUCACCAAGUAA